CGCGAUCCGAGGCUCCUCGGGAGGAAAGGGCACCUGUCGCGUUCCUCGGGAAGGGAGCUUUCUUUUUUUCCAAGAGGGAGAGACAGAGAGGCAGACCGAAGCAAGUGAAGAUCCUUCUCCUCGCCAAAAUACAUCGAUUUGUUGCUUUGCAAGCCACGGAGGCGUGAUUCCCGGAGAAUGAAAUUGACCAGAGCAGCCAGGGCUUGGAGGACAAGACUGAGUUUAGGCGGGGGACUGAGAGUCUAAAUCGCCCCCUCCCCAAAAUUGGCACAACUUCUAUCGGGGUCCCCCCCCCUCUUUCCACCCACCCACCCCUUUCUCCCACCUCCGUUUAAUUUCAUCCUAUGGAAAGAUCACCCAAUCCGGACAUUGAAGAGCUCAAGAUGACACGAGAACAGUAUAUACUGGCAACACAGCAAAAUAAUCUGCCAAGAACGGAACACCCUCAACUUUAUCCAGUGGGAAUUUAUGGCUGGCGAAAGCGGUGCCUAUAUUUCUUUGUCCUCUUGCUACUGGUUACCAUGAUCGUUAACUUAGCAAUGACAAUCUGGAUACUGAAAGUUAUGAAUUUCACUGUGGAUGGAAUGGGGAAUCUGAGAGUCACCAAAAAAGGAAUUCGGCUCGAAGGUAUAUCUGAAUUUCUACUUCCAUUGUAUGUGAAAGAAAUCCAUUCUCGAAAGGAUAGCGCUUUGGUCUUACAGUCUGACAGGAAUGUUACAGUGAAUGCAAGAAAUCACCUGGGACAGUUAACGGGACAGCUGACUGUAGGAGCUGAUGCUGUAGAAGCCCAAUGUAAAAGAUUUGAAGUGAGCUCAAGCGAAGAUGGGAGGGUGCUGUUCUCUGCCAAUGAAGAAGAGAUCGUCAUUGGAGCCGACAGACUGAAAGUAACAGGCACAGAAGGAGCAGUAUUUGAACACUCCGUGGAGACACCCCAUAUCAGAGCAGAGCCUUCCCAAGACCUCAAGCUCGAAUCACCAACUAGAUCAUUGAUAAUGGAAGCUCCCAGAGGAAUACAAGUGAGUGCAGCUGUAGGGGAUAUAAAGGCCACCUGUAGAAAAGAAUUACACUUGCAGUCCACGGAAGGGGAGAUAUUUUUAAACGCGAACUCAAUCCGACUAGGGAAUCUGCCAGUGGGUUCAUUUUCCUCUCCCUCGUCACCAAGCUCAUCAACUACUCGCCAGACUAUCUAUGAGCUCUGUGUCUGUCCAAAUGGUAAACUUUACCUUUCCCCAGCAGGAGCAGGCUCCACGUGCCAGUCCAGUAGCAACAUCUGUUUGUGGAGCUGAAAAGACUCCGGAUCCCUCCUCACACCAGAAUAGCCUUUUUGUUACUGUCCCUCUGCUUCACAGUUCUGCUUGGUUUCCCUCGUUAAAUCAUGAUGUUCCAAACCGCCCACAGAGCAACCUCUUCCAGUGCAAGCAGGAAUACAAUGCGGCCUUCUUGUCUGGCUUAUGAACAUUAGGGAUGGAAGAAAGAAGAGAAUAAAACGGUUGCCUCCGUCAGGAAACCUGGAUCUUAGAAUCCCCUUUUGUCCAAAAGGGAGAAUAACACAGGUGCCUUUGCUAUAGAUGAAGUGAAGCACAUUGUUUUAGAUUUUUGCAGGAACUGUACAUGAGAAACUGCGCAUAUAUAUAUAGAAACUGCAUUUAUAUAGUAUCAUAUCAAUCAUAUUAGAUACUAUACAUGAUUGAUGCGAUACUAUAUAAAUUUGCCCAAAAUAUAAUGGCAAGAUGAAUUGGUAUGAUGAAGAACUCUACCAUCUGAAAGCACAAUUUUCACUCAUCUUUUUUGGAUGUAAACUUUUAUCCCUGAAUUUUAAAAUGCUGAAGCAUUGUGUGAUGCUUGCUUUAUUAAACAAUUAAAAUUUAAUUCCUGUUUUUAAACAAGAGACAGAAUCCCUCCCUGAGUUCCUUUAAAAAUCAGUGCUUUGUUAUGGGUUGUCUCCUAUAUUGAAAGUUUUUAAGUUAGGUAAAGGUUUUCAAAGCGCCUAGCAAUAUAUCCUGUCCAUGUUUAAAAUGACAUUGACUUUUCUUUCCUUUUUCUUGAACCUUGAAAGAUUUACCUGGUUAUUGUAUGUAAAUCAAUUUCAGUAAACAAUAAGGGCCCAGGGCCCAAUGAUGCCACAGAAUUGGUGAAGCAAAUUUACUAUAGACCUGAAGAAUCAAGAUGGGAGACUACGUAGAGCUUCUUGUAAGAACACUGUACAAGUACAACAAAUAUUAAAAGGGAAGGGGAAGACUUGGGGGAAUAGAAAGAAUAGCCCAAGGAAAAGAUUCUCAGGACAGUAAACUGAUAAUUAAUUCGAUAAUGGACAUCCGAAGUAUUUUUCCCACCAGAUAGUCAUUUGUCAUGUGGGGGGGGGGGUCGCACCUUGAUCCAAAGCUCUAUGGGUAUAUGAAGCCCUUAAAUAUGCAGGAUUCAUUUUCAGCAUAUUGAAGGGUGCAAAUCCAUGCACACAAAUAAAUAAGCCUGUGGAUCUUCUUCCACCAAAGUGAAUUGAGAUGAAGUUCCAGCUGUCCAUAAGAAAUCAUUGGGAUAGAUCUACAUAUUUUAAAGAAGGCUUUUAAAAACAAACUCAUUUGAACAAAAUGUGUUGGAAUUACUGACAAGGUGAAUGAAUGAAAUGGUAGCCAGUCGUAAUACUGUUCUCUUAGUUACCUUUUUUUUUUUAUAACCAGUUACUAAGCAUUUCAAAGUACAAAGCAUUCAAUGUCCAUGGGCAGAUAUUAAAUGAAGAAACUGCAGCCAGACUGAUGUUGUGUAGAAUUUCUCAGGUACGUGUUUGAAGAAUGUACUCAAUGGACAUUAGAAUUUUCAUUUUAAAUAAAAACUGAGUUUAUGUAAACUGAAAUAUAAAAGGUACAAUGGUGAGAUACUAAGAAAUUGCUUUGUGCUUAUAACCACCAAAAAUAUCUUGAAAUCUGUGUAAUACGGGCAAGAUUCACAAACUUAAAAUAUUGUGUGGAGUCUUUGGAAGGUAUUGCCUGAUUUACAUGUAACUCUAUAGACUUAUAGUUGCUCCACCAGUGUUCAUGUAACAUGCAUUAUCUUCCUAACCAGAUUCACGAAACAUAAUCAAAUUCCUGGAGGACUAUAGGAGCAGUCACAAGAAAGUUGCCUCUUGUUUUGAUUAGUACUGUCAUUUUAAUACUGUUAGUUAUUUAGUUUUAUUGAUUGUUAAUAGUCUUGAGAGGUCUGUAACAGACAAACUAUCAACAUGUUUUAUGGAUAAUGACAAUCCAGUAGCAACAAGGCUGCUCAAAGAUAAUAUGUAAAUCAUGUCUCAGAUUGGACAGUUUGCAUUUCAUCAUUACUUCAUUGAAUUAACUGCCCAAACCAUUCUGAUUCAGAGCCUUCAGUUAAGUGAUAACCAGUUUUCCAAACAAAUUUGGAAGUCCCGGAAACAAGAAAAAUACAUAGGAUUGGGCCAGCUUUUGCGCUCAAAUCUUGCUUAAUUCCCUUUCUAACCUCACCUACCCACCCACCCCCGUUUCACAUGGUUUUUGUCCCUGCAGGUUUCUUGAUAGUCGGUUUUUCUUUUGUGGUCAAAGGGGACUAUCUUUUUUCCCUUUUCCACUAGUGAAAAAGCUGGUUAGAUCCAACCCAAGGUGGUGUAACAGCAAGGUUUGCAGUAAUAGAAAAGGGCAGUGUCCUUGAACCCUUUAAAGCUGUUUGCUAACGGAAACUGUGGAUAUUUUCUACAAGGCUGUGCAUUUUUGUCCAGAGUCACAUUUUUUUUAUUUUAAACUAGUAAACAGGCAAUCCAUAGCUAUGACUGUGUCUUGACAGUCUGUCCAUCCUCACCUGUUUCUCCAAGGCAGGAAAUGGAGCAUGGGAAACAAAGGAAGCAGCAGAAAUAGCAACUUGAUAUUUAAGCCAGAUUAAUUCAGAUGCCAGAGGGCCUAGUCCUGCGUCAUGUUUGUGCCGCCAAGUACCACUAGGUUCCUUACAGCAGGGGUCUGCAACCUGCAGAUCUCCAGAUGCUCAUGGACUACAAUUCCCAUCAGCCCCUUCCAGCAUGGCCAAUUGGCAGAUGGGAUUUGUAGUCCGUGAACAUCUGGAGAGCUGCAAGUUGCAGACCUCCCCCUUACAGGAAGCACCAAUAACUAGAAAUAUGCCUUUGAAAUAGCUGUUGGAAAUUAAGAUGACCAAAUCCAAAUUAAGGCACAGCUAGUACUAGAGAGAGAGAUUGAUAUUUUGCCCAAGAUUUCCCACCACAAAUGUAGAAUAAGACAUACCACUGUUAUUUUAUAAAAUCUGCUUUUGGCAAUGCAGUAUGUGCGUUCUGGGAACAAAGGUAUAGGAUGUGUUGUGGAAAUUUGUGUACACUGUUAUCUUUCUAUGUUUUCAAAUAACUGUUAAAUGGCUUCUAAUGAUAUCUAGACAUUUGAUAGCUGCUUGAAACCAAAGGUUGUGCCCCCACCUUUGUUUGUACUGAAGUCAUCUGUAGCCUCCUAGCAUAGUCUACAACUGGCAUUUUCCCACACAGUCACAACUCUCCACAGUUUGUGGUAAUGAUGGGCUUACCACAAGAGACUGCAGAACCUAAUUCUCCAUGUGGGGAUAGCAACCCAUUAUGGUAAUCUUUUAAGCAGAUAGCUACCAAGUAUCAUCCAACUUCAUAGUGACGAAAUAAUAUGCAAGGCUUUGAUAAUGGAUGAUAAUUUUACCUUUUAUCCUAUUAAUGUGUAGGCUCAGAGAAAAUUACAGGAAGAGAGAAGGAUAGUUUGCUGUGAGAAUUUUUCUUGAUAAUUCAGACUGGUUUACUGGAAACCAAACGACCCAGUGCUUUUUGCUUGUGCCUGAAAUGAACUUAGAUGUAGUUUGGCUAUCUGCAGAUUUCAGAUCUGUAAGGAUAGUUAUCAUGUGCAAAUAGAGUUUUCAAUCUCUGGUGGUGGCUGGAGAUCUCCUGGGAUUAAAACUGAUCUCCAGGCAACAGAGAUCAGUUCACCCAGAGAAAUUGGCCACUCAGGAAGGUGGGCUGUGUGGCAUUAAAUCCCACUGAAGUUUCUUCUUUCCUAUAUCCUGCCUUCUUCCACCUCAAAAUCUCCAGGUAUUUCCCAACCCAGAGCUGGCAGUGCUAAUUAUAACUGACCUGCAGGCAAUAGAGAUAGGUUCACCUUGAAAAAAGACAACUUUGGAAGGUGGAUUCUGUGGAAUUAAAGUCCCUUUCCCCCCAACCUGUGCCCUCAAAAUCUCCAGGUAUUUUCCAACCUAGAGAUGAUAACCCUAUUAUAAGAGUUGGAAAACAAACUUCAGAUUUGUCAUUUCAGGUUUCAAGUGAAGGGAGGUAAGUGCAAAAAAAAAAAGCUGUGGACUUUAAGAACAUUUGUUUUUAUACCUCACAAUGACCAGAUGUAUUAUUUCUCAGGAGCAACUAUGUAUAGCAUUUGAAAUGUGGAAGUGAUUCCCCCCAUUCUGCUCUCUUGACACUGUACUCUUGUACACUAGGUUUUGAAGUACCAAGAGGUUUGUCAGAGGUGUUAUUUAGAAGCAUUUGACAUGGCAUUAGCCUGGAAUCCUAUCGAGUUUACCAUAAUACACCUUCUAGAAAUGUAUUACAAACCAAAACUGGGAAUCUCACAUUGAAACUUAGCUACUGAAUGAAACAUCAACUCUUAAGUUUUUUACUGUUUUACCACAUCCCUAGUGACAUAAUUCUUACCUGGACAUCUAGAAGCAACAUAAUUAAGAUCCUGAAAAUGUUGUCUUAGUUGGUGCUCUGGUAGACAGGUUAUCUGCAUAACACAGCAUGAUCUUUGCAAUUAAUAGAUAAUUCAUAUGAAGUGUGGAAGCUCAUCCCAAAGGGGUAGUAAGGAUGAAGCUAUUCAUCUGUUUGAUUUAAAUUUUUUACAUCAUCUAAGAAAUAAGAGCUUUAUGCUAAAUUCAUCUAGCCUUGGGCUGUUCACCCAAAGUGGCAUCAAUUCUUCAGUUAGAGAUCUCCCAUAGCCAUGCUACAUGAAAACUGUGCCAGAGAUAAAAAACACACACACACACACAAAUUGCUCUGUACCAUUGGGCUAGGACUUCUUUUGUGAAAGGGAGAUUAAUAGACUCUAGUCUGCUUUAGCAACUGCCACUAACAGUAGAUCAGCAAGAAGGCAAAAAUAGACCUCAAGUAGCGUAGGCCUCAAAGACAUAAAUGGCCAAUGGGUUUGAAAUGAAAUGGUCUUUGAACAGAAAACUCUAUGGCUCCAUAAUAAUGGUUAUUGCAUAUAAAACAUAAGAAAAUGUGGCUAAAGGUGGGUGCUAUGAAUAAAUGCAUCAAAUAAGAUGGUUUUAAAGAAUUUUUUUCUGUCUGUUUGCAUACCUAUUUUUUAAGUUUAGUUUCAGUUUUUGGUCUCUUCAGAAUUGUUUCUACUGCAUCAUGGAUAGUAAGUAGACAACUCUUCACUACAUGUACAGCUAUAUCUAUAUUAGGUAGUGUAUACUGCAAAAAAAAUCCCUGCUAUAGAAGGUUAGUGGAUACUGUCUCUUUCUUGUUUGUUUUUUAAAUAAAACUAAAUAAUUCUUUGAGCACUGUUAAUUGUAUGUUGGGUUGGUUCUUUAAAAAAAACACCUGCAAUUUUAUGUAUGGGUUUAAUAUUAAAGACCAAAGACUGUCACUGCUGUUACAUCUAACACUGCACCUUCAGCUCCAUUGUUGGACUAAACAGGUGAUAUGUCAUAAAUGCAAGACGAGACAGUAACUUGCUUUAGAUUUGUGAAAUAUUUUGUGCUUUCAAUAUUUAUCAUUUUAUUAAUUUUGAAAGGAAAGCAAGUCUCGGUUGUUGAAUUUUGCUGCUUUUCAUGCACCAUACAGGUUUAGAAAAAAAUAUGUAUCAAAAGAUAUCCCAAAAAAGUUUGCUUCCGUUUCUGUUCUUACUUCCUGUGAUGUGAUCAGGUAAUACAGUUAGGGAAUGAAAGAAAAUUACCAAUGUCAGUAAGCAAAGAUCAGUAAUGUGUUUCUUUAGGGAUUCUUAUAGAACAUCACUUGAUGUUAAUAAAACCAAGCAAGCAGAAUUGACAACCCAGGUUCUAAUUACUAGGUCAUUCAAUGUUCAGCAGUUGCAAAUCUGUUCCAAGUUCAAAUGUUCAAUAUUUAUUUGCCAGAAAAGGUUGGCUAACAUUUUAGUUUGCUUUGCUCUUUACAUGUAAUCUUGUUUUUCUGUAUAUAAAUAUAUAUAGAUAUAUAUAGAUAUAUAAAAGAUGGAAUUAUUUUCUUACACUCUCUAUGCAAUAUGUUUGUAAAACUGCAAUAUUACCAAAUUACAAGAGCUGUGCUUUUGUACUCUCUCUUGCUUUAUGUAAAAGAGAAACUUUUUUCUAUUUAAAUGGAUUGAUUGUCUUAUAAACUGUAGAUAACCUAUUAAUUCACAAGCAGUAUAUCAAUAACUUGGAUUUUGUUUUGGGGUUGUAGUUUCUUUUAAGCUAAAUAACAGCAAGGUUUUGGAAAUGGGGGACUUCAUUUUUAGAUACUCAACAGUGCCAUCCUCAAUAGAGUUCUAAGCCCAUUGACUUCAGUGCACAAUGUACUUUUGUUUAGGAACUCACUGUUAUCCAUAGUGGUUCAGUUCACUUUGUGUUCCUUCAUAUUCAGACUUAGAUUUGUCAUUUGACACCAGAUAGAAAAAUGUGCUUCAAAACUGCACGCAUUAUGAAUGCCUGUCAAUGCUGAGGGAAGAAAAAGUGAACAGUGUGCAUGCAUUUUGCUAGACUUGCUCGUAAUGGCUUGGUCUUAGUCUCAGUCUUGAAUUCAGAUAGCCUCUUAUGCCAUCUGACAAGUAGUUGCAGGCAGUACUGCCUUCUGACUAACUGCAAUGCAGACAGCAGGCCAUCAUAGAAGUUGUCCGUCGCAAGGGAGUGACCUGUAUUACACAGAAUUACCACUAUGCAUUUCAUCCUACUGAGGUUCUUGCCUCUCCAAAUCCCCCAUUCCCAAAGCUUGAUACCCAGAUCUCUAGGAAUAUCCCAACCUAGAGCUAGCACCCUAAACUGUCAGCAACGUAUUCAACAUGAUCUGCUGAGAUAGCAGAGAGAGUGCCAUGCCUGGGUUUCAUUGCCCAGAUCCAACAAGCUACACCAUCUAAUUAUCUUGGCCUGGAUCAAAACAGUAAUUCCACCCUAGCCUAAGUUCUUUGAGCUCAAGGGUCUCAAAGACAACUUUCCCCCUAAACACACACACAAACACACACACCCCAUAUGAUAAAACAGGAUGGGAAUUGAAAAUCAAUUGGUAAGAAUGAAUACAAAGAAAAUGUUUUAAGAAAUCAAACACUCCUAAAUAAUUCAAGCACUUAACCAUGAUAGCUACUGGAACAAGUUGUCCCAUUGCAUUUGAUAAUUAACAAAUGUAGUCAGACUUGUCUGUUUAUAUAUCUAUGGACCUCUAGCACAGCAAUCAAAUAAAUCCUAGUAGAGAUUAUUUGAGGGGUGGAAAUCAAUCAUCAUAAAAUCUAGUCGUUCAAUAUUUACUAAACCACUAUGAACGAAUAGUGUAUUUUCAAUGCUGUUGAGUCUGGUAAACAUUUUACAGUGUAGCCAGUGUGUUCAAGUGUAUGUUCACUGCACUUGAACCAAGGCAGAAUAGUUUCCAUUGGUUACAACCAUUUUUGAUACAGUAAUCUGCUUCCUUUAUCUUUGUGAUUGUCUGUGAUAGAAUCUCAGGUAGCGUAUUAUGGAUUUUAUUCUCAGCCACCAACUGAGCCUUCUCUAGUGAUUCUUAACCCAAACCAAGGGAAUUCAUAAAGUUCUUUUUGGUGUGAGUGCAUAGGUUCUUAUAGUAGGUAAGCUGUUACCUGUGAGGGGGCCUUUGUUUAAGGCUCUCUCUCCUUCCUACUUGAGAGUAUAGGUGUGAUAGGCCUCUUAUUCUUUUCUUCUGUUUUGGUUAUUAACCAGGAAAAUACCUAAUCUACCCUAUAACAACACAGGAGCCCUGAGGUAAAAUAAAAGCAUGUAACUUCCAUUUAUUCACUAGAAAGAGUUAAAUGCUUAGAGCAGGGAGGCUUGAAAAUACAUACAAAUGUUAACUCUCAGCUUCAGCUUGGCACAGGACAUAGAAGAGGUUAAAGAUAAAACAAUACCUUUUAUCCCCUAUUACAAUGAAUGUUUGUGUAACCUGCAUAUAUGUCUACACACCAGAUUAUAAGAUGGGACAUGCAUUCACUUUGCAGAUUAAAACAGGAUAAAUGGUUAAGUGUGGAGUUUAAAAUCACACAGUCAGCAGAACAUGCAUUGAACGUAACAUGACAAUUAUUCAAUACAUGCAUUAAAAAUCAAUUGUACACUGUACAUGGACUGUUCAUGCAUUCACUUUGUUUGUGACUGGCUGAUAUGCUCUGAGGACAGUGACAAAAAAUAACAAUGAAUCUACACUUUGUGAAAAAUUAUGAAUGAGUGGGUCUAAGGUUACUAAAUCCCAGAGCAGAAGUUCCAGAAUAAUGCAAAUAAACACUGCAUUCUGUCCCUUUACCUUCUCUCAGUUUUGGAAGAACUUAUAAUUUAGUGUGAGUCUCUCUUCAACACCACUUUUUUACCAAACUGAUUUGACUAAAGACACACUCUGAGACCAACCCUGUUUCCUGAAACAAGUUUCCCAACCUGCCUAACUGAUGUCAAACCUUGUCUGAGGAAAAAUAUGUCCGUUAAAUGCUUUUUGCUCCAACUCACCCCUCCCAUCUGCUCUAUCAAGAUGCCAUGGAACUUGAUUGGCUGCUGCUGGCUCAGUUAAAGUAGAUUGGUAGCCUUCAGGAAAUGGGCAGGACUUGGACACUUGCAUCAUACCCUGCCAUAGUAACAAUCCAUUGGAUAUCCACAAGAUGGAGGUCACUUGAAAUGUUAUGCCAUGGUGGUUGUCUUCCAAGGAGCCAUUCCCACACUCAGGCUCUUCUUAUAUAACAGGGUAGUGAUUUUUUUUCCAUGGCACUGCAACCCGUUGACGGUUUGGUUUUAGAUUUUUAAUGAUGCAGAGGACAAUCAUCCAAUCUAUUGGCAAGCCAGUGGAUACAAACAGCAAUUUAUAUCUAUAGCCAUAUGGCACUUAUUCUGUUUGCACCAGUACUACCAUGGAAGCUGGAGGAAACUUUACUUUCUUAUCAGUUUGAUCCCUCAUAUCAUGGACCAGUGAGUCGGCUUCAGAGAGUUACAUUUUGAGUUAAAGAAUUAAUAGGAUGUUCUAAACAAUUCACGCUAUUUUGAUGUAUCUCUAUUCUCUUUGAAACAUUUCCAAAUAAUGUAGCCACAAGGCUAUAUAGAGGUAGUUGCAAUCUACCUUCGGGGUUUUCUUGGUCAUGGUCCAGAUAUUUAUGUUAGUGGAGAAUGUAGCAGUGCACUUUUCUAACUGAUAUGGACUAUCUGGAAUAAGUUAUAGCAGUGGUCCAAUGAAUACAAUAGCUUCCCCUUGAUUUCUAGACACAUGCCACGCUGUCUAAUUGAAUGCAAAAUACCAAAGAGAUGUAUACUUCUUAUACAUCUAGUGUCAAGGAAGACAUUUGUCUUGAAAUUAACAUCUCUAUGCUUCCUAAAGAAUGUAAAAACACAUUCUUGGGGCUUGUUAUACAUCUAUAGAAAUCCCUUCUCUUACAGUGCCAUCUAAAAUGAGUUAUACCUUCCUAUACUCUUUUAAUACUUUAGUGGACUUAGAAAGGUGUAACCCUGCUUAGUAUGGCACUGGUAGCCACCUGUAAAAACCCACACAGAGCAUUUUUCUUUCUUUUUUAACUGUUAUACACAGUUUUUCAUGGCACCACUUGUAGCUGCAUGGUAUGGUAAAACCUAUGCAGUCGAUGUUGCUUUGUUACAAUACUAGAAUGCAUCGAACAAUUAAAGACUGCACACUAGCCACUGUGUAGGCUAGCUCCUGAAUUGGUUUAAACAUGCUUUAAUGUCAUUUUGUAAAAUGAAGCUUCCCAGUAUACAGGGCCUCACAAUUCACUUUAGACUAAAUGUCUUAACCUUCAUUUGAAUACCUUUGAACCAAAUCACAUGAGCUUCUGUCUCACGAUUCUUUAAAUCUGAUCAUGAAGUGGAUUUCAGAUCCUACAAAUCUUUUCUACUUUCUUCUGAGGGAUGGAACCUUCCCCUGAAGCAAGAGACUCAGCAGAAGGCUUUUUCUGCCAGGGGAAAAUACUCCCACUGGCAGAUGGGACUGCAACAUCCAACCCAGUGACUCUCGCCUUGACAAGCCAUUCGCAAGGUGCAGCCCUGUUCUUAGAACUGAACCUGUUGUCAGAAUUGCCCUCAUGUACAAGAAGCCUCAUGCCGUCUCAGUAAAGCAUCCCUCCUCCCCUUCUGAAAUGAUGCUCCAGGACAAGAAGACAUAUUAGACUCUUUCCACCUGGUCAUUGUACUAGUUCCCAUUUCCAAAACCUUGUACGAAUUUAACACAUUAGAUUUUGGAGGAGGGGAGGGGAGGGAGGGCAAGGAGAUUAGUUUUGCAGACCCCAGUACAUUAUAUACUUUUUAGAAGGUUAAACAGAAAUUUACUAGUGGCCAUAUAUUUCUGAUAACUGAAAGGGAAAAAUACAUUGAAAUCUGAUUGUAUCAUUUUGCAGGACAUGCUAAUUUCAUCCUUCCUCUAUACAAGCCAAUAAACUCAAAUUUAAUACUGUAUAGUCUGUCUAACAAGUUUUACUUGCAUUAGACUAUUGUGAUAAAAGUAUUUACAUUCCAACACAAAAUUUCUAAAUAGUGUAUUAUUCCCUUUUAGGAAAAAAAAAAUGUUUAUUACUAGAAUUGAUGAAAAAAGUAUAUCAAUGUAUUAUCAUGUGGUGAAGUAUGAGGAGUUAUGUCAUAUCAAUUUUUAAAUAUGUGUAAAUAAAAAUCUUUAAUAUAUA